GCAGGGCCGCUUCGCUUUACGGCAGCGCCCGCCGGCGGCAGGAGGAAGGAGCGCGGAGCUGCACGUGGAGCCGCGGCCCGGCGCGGCCAUGAAGCGGCCAAAGCUGAAGAAAGCCAGCAAGAGGCUGACCUGCCACAAGCGCUACAAGAUCCAGAAGAAGAUCAGAGAGCACCACCGAAAAGUCAGGAAGGAAGCCAAAAAACGUGGACGCAAAAAGCCCAAAAAAGAUCCCGGUGUUCCGAAUGCUGCACCGUUUAAAGGAGAGCUUCUGCGAGAAGCAGAGCAAAGAAAGCAGAAGCUUGAAGAACUAAAACAAAAGCAGAAGCUGAGCAGACAGAAAGAACAUGAGAAGAGGAGGAAGCUUGAAGCUAAAAAGAAUGUGGCCCAAAUCAAGGAAAAUGCAGAGGGAAAGGAAUCUUCUGGCAAAUCCAAAACAAAGACUAAGAAACUGCUAGAUAAAAAUUCAAAGACAUCGUUCUGCAGGGAGCUCAAGAAGGUGAUUGAGGCCUCAGAUCUGAUUCUAGAAGUUUUAGAUGCAAGAGAUCCAAUGGGCUGCCGGUGUCCUCAACUGGAGCAAGCUGUCACUUGCUCUGGAGGAGACAAAAAGCUACUGUUGGUUCUGAACAAAAUUGAUUUAGUGCCAAAGGAGAACUUGGAGAAAUGGUUGAAUUAUUUGAAGAAGGAAUUUCCAACGGUUGCUUUCAAAUCAGCAACACUGAUGAAGGACAGGACUAUGCCAGAACAGGUCAGAAGGAGACGUGCACGUGUUGACUUAACGAAAACCACUGAGUGCUUUGGAAGCAAGAGCCUUUUGAAACUUCUUCAAGAGCAUGUCAAGACUCAAAAUAGACCCAUUCAAGUUGGGGUAGUAGGUUUCCCUAAUGUGGGAAAGAGCAGCAUAAUCAACAGUCUUAAAGGAGUUCGUGCUUGCAAUGUUGGCGUAGCAAGAGGUGUUACCAAGUCUGUGCAAAUUGUGCACAUUGAUAAGCAGACAAAGAUUUUGGACAGUCCAAGUAUAAUUGCAGAUCCUUCCAACAGUGCCCUGGCUCUUGCCUUGAGAAGUAUCAUAAAUACUGAAGAACCAUGCUCAGCAGAUGUGCUUGAAGGAAUAGAGGCCAUUCUAAAUCACUGCAGUAAACAGCAGGUAAUGCUGCGCUAUACUAUCCCAGAUUUCAGGGACACAGAAGAGUUUUUAGCCUUACUUGCUCAGAAAAGGGGUAUGCUGAAAAAGGGAGGUGUUCCUGACAUAGAAAAUAUGGCUAAAUUACUGCUUUGUGACUGGACGGGAGCUAAAAUAAGCUACCACUCACAGCCUCCAGAAUCUCAGAUACUGCCACCCUAUCUUACAGAAGACAAAAUAGCUGAAAUGCAGGAGGGCUUUAAUUUAAAGAACCUGGAAGAAGGAAACAACACCAUUGUUCAAGCUUUAAAAUUCCCAAGUCCAUCAAAUAGCUUAAUUUUUCAGUCAGCUGGUAUGUCAAAUGGGAUAAUAGAGGAAAAUAAAGUGACAGAGGAAGCAUCAGAAUGGGAAAACUUGGAAACGAGCAAGGAGGAGGAGGAAGAAGAGGAUUUCACAGAAUGUGAUGAUGAUCAAAAUGAUGCAGAAGAAGAGAGUGAUAUUGAAGAGGAAAGCAAGGUUCAAGUUACCAGGAAAACAAAGCUUGGAAAACAACAAACACGUUCUGCAAAUUCAAACAAGCAGAUAGCAGAGAGCAAACAUUCCAAUCCCCUGGAUGAGACAGCUGCUGAAGAUGAUGCCUACGAUUUUAAUACAGACUAUGUGUAAUGAAGCCCUGUGUGGAGGCGCUGCUUACUGGCUUACAGAACGCUCACCAAGACUUGUCUUGGGGCACAAGUUAGAGGAGUGCUGCAUACCAGAGCUGCUGCAAAGAUUCCCAAUGGUGGCUGUGUCAAAUAAUGUGUAUAAUGGUGUAUCUCCCUUGAUCCUUGUAGAUUUCAUACAAGUGUAGCAAACAGAUUGCAUUCAGCUUUAAGUCCUAAAUUUUAAUUCCUGUACUAAAGAUGAUUUAAAAAACAUCCUAAUGGACUGAGUUCACUUUCCCUUAUAAAAAAAAGAUGUUUCAAAGUC